AUGGCAAAGUUUGGCAGGACAAACACUAAAAGGAGCCUUGAGAGUCUACUGGACAUGGACAAAUCAGUUGCUACAAAAAUUUCUGUGCCACUUAGACCCUCGAAGAUGAUUCCGGGCCAUGGCCUUGAAUUCAAUAACCUUUCAUACAGUGUAACAAAGAAGCUGAAAAAAGAUGGGGUUUGGAUCAAGAAAGAAGCUUAUCUUCUCAAUGACAUCUCUGGCCAGGCAGUGAGAGGUGAGAUCAUGGCCAUCAUGGGACCUAGUGGUGCUGGGAAAUCUACAUUUCUCGAUGCCUUGGCGGGACGGAUUGCUCAAGGGAGUUUGGAAGGCUCUGUUAGAAUUGAUGGAAGAACGGUUACUACAAGCUACAUGAAGAUGGUGUCUUCUUAUGUGAUGCAAGAUGACCAGCUCUUCCCUAUGUUGACUGUGUUUGAGACCUUCAUGUUUGCAGCUGAGAUUAGGCUUCCUCCCUCCAUUUCCAGGGAUGAAAAGAGAAGUAGAGUCUAUGAGCUCCUUGAACAGCUGGGCUUGCAGAGUGCAACACAUACUUACAUCGGUGAUGAGGGGAGGAGAGGAGUGUCGGGAGGAGAAAGACGAAGGGUGUCAAUUGGCAUUGACAUCAUCCACAAACCUUCACUGCUGUUUCUUGAUGAACCGACUUCUGGUCUUGACUCCACAAGCGCUUACAGUGUCGUGGAAAAGGUCAAGGAGAUAGCUCGAGGUGGUAGCAUCGUGCUCAUGACCAUCCACCAACCUUCAUAUCGUAUUCAAAUGCUCUUAGACCGCAUGACAAUCCUAGCAAGAGGGAGACUGAUAUAUUUGGGAAGCCCACAUGGUUUGUCUUCCCAUCUUUCUGGAUUUGGAAGGCCAGUUCCGGAUGGUGAGAAUGGCCUUGAGUAUCUCCUGGAUGUGAUUAAAGAAUAUGAUGAAUCAACUGUGGGACUAGACCCAUUGGUCAUGUACCAACGCGACGGCAUCAAACCUGAUCUGGUGGCCAGAACCCCGGUUGCAAAAACACCAAAGACACCAACUCCUUAUAGAAAGACCCCUGCAUCCAAGCACGCAAUUAAACUUCGUAGUCAAGCCUUUUCCUUGGGAAAUAGGAUACCAUCUGGAGCAGGUGAAUCUGGUCAGUUUGAUUACGAGGAUGAGGAUGAGAAUUUUGACAACUCCCUGGAAAGGAAAUCAGUUCAUCAAACACCAAUGCACCUGCAGAGCAGUGGUGUCUAUAACCCUCGUCUAGCUUCACACUUCUACAAGGACUUCUCUGUCUGGAUUUACCAUGGUGUCAAAGGAACCCCUCGUCGCCCGCCAUCAUGGACUCCUGCUAGAACUCCAGGAAGGACCCCUGGAAAGACACCCCUCUCAGGUAUUAGAAGCCAAGUUUCAAGCCAAUAUCCCACACCUCAGUUCAACCCGCCACCACCACGACACGGUAGUAUUAAAACCCCUGUGGUCUUCAGCUCUUCCACUGAAGACUCAUAUGCACCUUAUUAUGAAGAGUUUGAAAUAGAAGAAGAAGAGCUUGAUGAGCCAGACCAUGGGCCUAAGUUUGCAAACCCAUGGCUGCGUGAGGUUGCAGUCCUCUCAUGGCGCACAGCGCUCAAUGUGAUUCGCACUCCUGAACUCUUCCUCUCUCGUGAGAUUGUGUUGGCAGUUAUGGCACUCAUUCUGUCUUCCCUCUUCAAGAACCUGAGCCAUGAUUCGUUCAAAGACAUAAACAGGCUUCUCAACUUUUACAUCUUUGCAGUUUGCCUGGUUUUCUUUUCAUCCAAUGAUGCUGUCCCAACUUUCAUCCAAGAAAGGUUCAUUUUCAUCAGGGAAUCUUCUCACAAUGCUUAUCGUGCCUCUUCGUACGUCAUCUCUUCCCUCAUUGUUUAUCUCCCAUUCUUUGCCAUACAAGGCUUCACAUUUGCUGCCAUUACCAAAUACAUGCUUCACCUCAACAGCAACCUUUUCAAAUUCUGGAUCAUCCUUUAUGCCUCACUCAUCACCACCAAUGCUUAUGUGAUGCUUGUGAGCGCUCUGGUUCCAAGUUACAUCACAGGGUAUGCUGUUGUGAUAGCUACCACAGCUCUUUUCUUUCUGACUUGUGGCUUUUUCUUAAAGCGUCAGCAGAUACCGGUUUACUGGAGGUGGGUGCAUUACAUAUCUGCAAUUAAGUACCCAUUUGAGGCAAUGCUGACAAAUGAAUUCAGAGGAAUACGCUGCUACCACGGCGUGCCAUCAGAUCUUACCCCUGGACCUCUAGGAGAAUUGAAGAUCAGCUCCCUGCACAAUACCUCCCAAAAAGUGGAAAAGAAUUGCGUGAUUAUUGGACAAGAUGUUAUAUCAUCCAUGGAUAUCACUAUAGACAACAUUUGGUAUGAUAUUGCAAUCUUGCUAGCUUGGGGUGUUCUUUACCGGUUCUUAUUCUAUGUGGUCCUCAGAUUCUAUUCCAAGAAUGAGAGGAAAUGA